UCCGUCCUCUUUAUUUGCAAUAAUAAAUAAGCUUUAUUUGCAUGAUAUAGUUGGCGUGGAACUUCUUGAGGUCAAAAUCGUGCGAAGGUGGAACCAAAUGUCUUGUAUUCCUUUAAUUUAUGAGGCCCGGCGUGCAUGCGCAAGUUAUGUAUAAAUACAUAGCUGAAAGCCGAAGCGUGAAUAUGGAUGCGACACUCUUGUAUUCUCAUACUCUCCUUGCUAUAGUCAGAGUUUAGCGCGCGUUUUCUGGAUUCUAUGACUAGUAUAUCUUCCAUAAUUUUGAAUAACUAAGACAAUAUGCAAAGUACUGAAGAAUUUCCAUUCCCUUUUCCACCAUAUUCUAUACAAAAUCAAUUCAUGAAAGAAUUAUACAAAUGUCUGGAAAAUGGCAGUUUAGGAAUUUUUGAAAGUCCGACAGGUACAGGUAAAUCUAUGUCAAUUAUUUGUGGUGCAUUGAAAUGGCUAAUUGAUCAUGAAAAAUCUGAGAGGGAUCAAUUAAAGACUGCAAUUUCUGACCUCGACAAGAAAAUACAUGAUCAUUCUAAUGCUUCUGAUGACUGGUUGUUUGUACAAACUGAACAAAUGCAAUUGAACACUGAGAGACAAACAAUUCAAAGAAAACUAAACAGUAUUCUUCAGUAUGACCGCAAAAAAGAUUCAAUCAAGGAAACAUCGAAAAGUGCCAAGGGUACCAAAAAAUUACACAAUCAUAUAAAAACUGAUAGCACAAAACAAGAAGAAAAAGCAAUCAGCGAGUUGCCAGUAGAAGAAGUGAAUGCACAAGAAGAAAAUAUUCAAGAAGAACUAAUUUUAGAAGAUAUAGUUCAGCAUUCAGAUAAUUCUGAAAGUGAAGAGGAUGAAGAAGACAUCUAUGAAAAUAUUAAAAUCUUUUUUUGUUCAAGAACUCAUUCUCAACUUUCACAAUUCAUAGGAGAACUAAAGAAAAGUCCUUAUUCAGAAAUUGUAUCUGUUGUUACAUUGGCAUCCAGGCAAAAUUAUUGUGUUAACAAGAAUAUUAGAAGAUUGAAACAUUUGAAUCUAAUAAAUGAGAAUUGUUUACAGUUGCAAAAGAAGAAGACAACUGUUAAAGAUGAAAAGGAUCUGAAAAGAAAGAAAAUCAUGACUAGUUGUCCAUUUUUACCAGGUAAUCAAGACUUACUGAUAGGGGAAGUUAUAACACAAAUCCAGGAUGUUGAAGAUAUUGCACAGAAAGGAGAAAAUAUUAAAACUUGUGCAUAUUAUGCAUCAAGAAAGGCAAUCCCACAUAGUCAGCUUAUAUUAAUUCCAUAUAAUUCUAUAUUACAUAAAAACACUAGAAUUAGUUCUGGAAUCAAAUUAAAAGGAAACAUAUUAAUAAUUGAUGAGGCCCACAAUUUACUUGAUGCUAUUGAAAAAAUGCAUAGUGUCAUGAUUACAGGUAGAAAUAUAUUGCACUGUUAUAGCCAACUUUCACAGUACCAAAAAAGGUUCCAAGCAUUGUUUUCUGCUAAAAGUGUUUUAAGCUUAAGUCAAUUAAGCUUUUACCUGAAAAAGCUUCUAACUAUCUUUGGUGCCACUACAAAGUCAAAUCCUAGUGACAUUCUUAAUAUAGAAACAACUGCAAAGUUAUACAAAGUUGAAGAGUUUGAGUUGAUAACAGAAAUUGAUAAUGUAAAUAUAUUUGAAUUGUUGAAAUUCAUUAAGAAUUCUCGAUUGACUCAUAAACUUCAAGGUUUCAUGGAACAAUAUGGAGAUCAAGUGAAAAUCCAACAGAAUCGCACAAAAACAUCUGGAGUAACACAAUUUUUAAAUACUAUUAAAACCAAAAAUUUAGAACAAAAUGCAACUGACACUAUUACUGGUACAGUGUGCGAAGAAGAAUCAAAUAAUCCAUUAAUAUCACUUGUAAGUUUUAUCGAAUGCUUACAAAGUAAUUGUAGCGAUGGACGAAUAUUUGUUGUUCCUGGUCCAACUAUUGGUCAAAGUACUAUAAAAUUUUUAUUAUUAAAUCCAGCAGCCUAUUUUCAUGAUAUUGUACGUGAUGCCAAAGCUGUAGUAUUGGCUGGUGGGACAAUGGCACCAAUGGAUGAAUUUACAGAGCAAUUAUUUAUAGCAGCAGGUGCUGCACCUGAGAGAAUUGUAACAUUCUCAUGUGAUCAUGUAAUUCCUCAAGAAAACAUAACAUGUAGUAUUGUAACAUGUGGUCCAACUGGCAUUGAAUUUGAAUUCAAUUUCAAAAAUCGACAAAAUACGAAGCUGUUAGAUGAACUUGGAAGGGCAUUGGUAAAUAUAUGUAAUGUUGUACCUGCUGGGAUUGUAGUAUUUUUACCUUCCUAUAAUUUUGAAGAAUUACUGUACAAACAUUUAGAAAAAUCUGGUAUUGUAGCAAAAAUUUCUUUAAAAAAAUGUAUUUUUCGAGAGCCUAAAUCAACUUCUCAGGUAAACGAAAUUUUGGAUCAAUAUGCACAACGCAUUAAAACGCCACAAAGCCCACAAAAUGGGUCACUAUUAUUUAGUGUAGUAGGUGGUAAGCUAAGCGAAGGUUUAAAUUUUUCUGAUGAUUUGGGUAGAUGUGUUAUAUUAGUAGGAAUGCCAUACCCAAAUAUUAAAUCAAUAGAACUACAAGAGAAAAUGAAAUAUUUAAACGAAAACGUUAAUUCAGAUGCUGGACAAAGUUUUUAUGAAAAUGCUUGCAUGAAAGCUGUAAAUCAAUGUAUUGGACGAGCUAUUCGACAUAUUAAUGAUUAUUCAACGGUUGUACUAUUUGACAAACGAUACUCUAAAAAAACUAAAGUACUUCCACAUUGGAUUCAACGCACAGUAAUAAUUCAUAGUACCUUUGGUAGCAUGAUCAGUGUUAUAGCUAAAUUUUUUACUAAGAAGCGAAAUAAAUUCAUUAAAAAUAGUUAGAUUUCAAAUUUAAACAACUUAUAAAAUAUUACGAUUUAUAUUAUAAUAUACAAAUUUACUACAUAAAAUUUGCAAGUUGUACAUUAAACUUGUAUAUUAAGUCGUGACAAUAAACUUGUCCAGGAUACAAUAUGCAACAUGGAAAAUGUGACUGAAAAAAAUUCAUUACAUAUGGUUUUCAGUAAUACUUUCAAUUUAGAAGAUUAAAAUUUUACAAUUUACAUAUAGUUUUAAGUAAUAUACUCACAUAAUGUAUUGCAUUAGGAUAAUUUUGUGGUUGAAUAGUAAAACCACAAUAUUUUUUAUAGUGGACUCCUCGUUUUCCUAAAAUAAAUUUUAAUUUUUUCGGCGCAGUAAUUUUUGUCCACGAUUUUUCAGAACAUAUUCCUUCUUCGUUUCCAUUUUCAAAAUCUCCACCAUUUUCUUCCUGCAAAAAAACAAAUAUAAAUUUGUAAAAUUGAAAAUAUUUUGGCAUUUACAAUGUUGAAACAUCGUUAAUAAUUAUAUUUACUUCUUCGAACGAAUCAGAAAUAAAUGAAAUCUCUGGUAUACUGGGUGGUAUACGACCUCCGGUAUAAAACUGUACACCACAUUGAUCAGAGUAGACUUCUAAGGUACUACAUGUAUAUAUAUAAUUAAAAUAAUAGUAGUAUAUUAAUAGUGUAA